AUGCCCGAAGCGAGCGCAGGGGAGGAGUGCCCCGCCGCUGGGGCGGGCCGGGAGCCCCCCAGCGGGGGCGGCGCGGUCCCCCGCGCGCCGUCCGGACGGAGCAUCUUCGCCCCCGGCGCCGCGGCGCCCGCCGAGACGGUGCGCCGGCUGCUGCGGCCGGGGGAGGGCGCGGAGGGGGCCGCCGGGCGCCCCGCGCUCUUCAUCCAGCUCUCGGAGCUGCUCGGGGGCCCCGCCGGGCUGCAGUGGCGGCAAACGGCCAGGUGGAUAAAGUUUGAAGAGAAAGUGGAAGACGGGGGAGAACGCUGGAGCAAACCGCAAGUGGCCACCGUGUCCCUCCAUGCGCUGUUUGAGCUGAGGACGUGUCUGCAGAAGGGCUCCCUGCUCCUGGGCUUGGAAGCCCACAAUUUCAGGCAGAUAGUAGAGAAGGCGAUUGAGGCCCACGUGGAGAGCCAUGCCCUCCGGCCAGAACUUCUGAAGAAGCUCAGCCACACCUUGCUCCUCAGCCCCCAGCACCACAUAACCACGUCUCAGCUCAAGUCGCUUAUUGAGACGGCCAAGCCUUCCUGCUUCGACAAAGCUAAAAUCCACUCCAGUCCGAAGGGCGAGGUAUCAGAGGCACCCCUAAAGGAACAGCUGAAAAACCGCUUCAGGAAGAAGGUUCCGGCAGAGGCAGAGGUGGCCAACGUCCUCGUGGGAGAGGCCGCCUUUCUGGAGAAGCCUUUCAUUGCGUUUGUGCGUCUGCAGGAAGCGGUCCUUCUGGGAAGCUUGACCGAGGUCGCUUUCCCCAGCAGGUUCCUUUUUAUCCUCCUGGGACCUAGAGCCAAAGCGAGGGCGUACCACGAAAUUGGCAGAGCUGCGGCCGUUCUCUUGACAGACGAGCUUUUCCAGAGAGUUGCCCAGAAGGCGAGUGGGGUACAGGAGCUCCUUGCCGGAGUAGAUGAGUUCUUGGAUGAGCUGACGGUCCUUCCCCCGGGCAAGUGGGACCCGACCACCCGGAUCGCUCCCCCGAAGUGCCUGCCGUCCGCACAGAAGAGGAUCUCCAUGCACCUCCGGGAGCGGAGCCCUCACUCCAAUGGGAACGUCUCUUCCGCGGAGGACCUGAGCUCCCAUGCUCCUGGGCACCACCCCGCCAGCGAAGAACUGAAGCGGACGGGAAGACUCUUUGGCGGGCUAGUGCGGGAUCUCCGGAGGAAAGCCCCCUGGUACGGCAGCGACUUCCGCGACGCCCUCCACGUCCAGUGCUUCUCGGCCGUCCUCUACAUCUACUUGGCCACGGUCACCAACGCAAUCACCUUCGGGGGGAUGCUGGGCGACGCCACAGACAACAUGCAGGGUGUGCUGGAGAAUUUCCUGGGCACGGCCUGCGCUGGAGCCUUUUUCUGCCUGUUUGCAGGCCAGCCCCUCACCAUCCUGAGCAGCACUGGGCCCGUCCUGGUCUUCGAGAGGCUCCUCUUCUCCUUCAGCAAGGAUUACCACCUGGAUUACCUGGAAUUCCGCCUCUGGAUCGGCCUCUGGGUGGCCUUCUUUGGGCUGGUGCUGGUGGCCACGGAGGCCAGCCACCUGGUGCAGUAUUUCACACGCUUCACCGAGGAGGGGUUCUGCGCCCUCAUCAGCUGCAUUUUCAUCUACGACGCGGCCAAGAAGAUGCUGUCGCUGGCCGAACACUACCCCGUCAACUGGGACUACAAGAUCAGCCGGGUGACUUCAUACAGGUGCUCCUGCGGGAUGCCCGAGAGAGGGAACUCUUCUCUUCUGAACAGGACCCUGUUCCCCACCCUCAGCAGUUCUGGAGAGCCGCCGCACCUGGACUUUGGGAACGGGUCGCUGCUGACCAGGAAGGAGUGUGCACACCUGGGAGGCCACCUGGUGGGCAGCAGCUGCAACUACGUCCCCGACAUCACCUUCGUGUGCUUCAUUCUCUUCCUGGGGACGUUCCUCUGCUCCAUGGCCCUGAAGAACUUCAAGUCGAGCCGCUAUUUCCCCACCGUGCUGAGAAGACUAGUGGGGGAUUUCUCCAUUAUCCUGACCAUCCUCCUCUUCUGCGGAAUCGAUGCUGCACUCGGAUUAGAGACUCCCAAACUCAUCGUGCCCAGCAAAUUCAAGCCCACGAACCCCACGCGCGGCUGGCUGGUGCCCCCGUUUGGAGCGAACGCCUGGUGGAUCUACCCGGCGGCGGCGGUGCCUGCCGUCCUGGUCAUCAUCCUCAUCUUCAUGGACCAGCAAAUCACCGCCGUCAUUCUCAACCGCAAGGAGUACAAGCUGCAGAAAGGUGCUGGCUUCCACCUGGACUUCUUCUGCGUUUCCCUUCUGAUGAUUUUCACGUCCGUCAUGGGCUUGCCCUGGUACGUCUCGGCCACCGUCAUCUCCCUGGCUCACAUGGACAGCUUGAAGAAGGAAGGCGCCACCUGCGCGCCGGGCGAGCAGCCCGCGUUCCUGGGCAUCAGGGAGCAGCGGGUGACCGGACUGCUGGUUUUCCUCCUCACGGGUCUGUCUGUGUUCCUGGCGCCGGUGCUCAAGUUUAUUCCAAUGCCGGUGCUGUAUGGCAUUUUCCUCUACAUGGGUGUGUCUGCACUUAGCAGUAUUCAGCUGGUGGGCAGACUGCAGCUCCUGCUGAUGCCGGCCAAGCAGCAGCCCGACCUCAUUUACCUCCGCCACGUCCCGCUGCGACAGGUGCACCUCUUCACCUUCAUUCAAGUGCUCUGCCUGGCUGCCUUGUGGAUCCUCAAGUCCACAGCAGCCGCCAUUGUGUUCCCCCUGAUGCUGCUGGCGCUCGUUGGCAUGCGGAAGGCGAUGGAACGCAUCUUCCCCUUGAAUCACCUGAGUUGGUUGGACGACAUUAUGCCGGAAAAGGACAGGCAAGAGGAAGAGGAAAAGCUGAAGAGGACAUGCGACCAGGAAGAGAGUGGUGACGAAGAGACUGAGCUUAUGUACCAAGAAAAAGGACCAGAAAUCAAUAUCUCAGUAAACUAG